AUGAGUACCAACAAGCAGUACUAUCCGGGUGAGACUCGACGCUUUCCACUGGCAGCUCAGUCAACUCCCGAGGCUUGGGCGCAGCAGUCGCAUGACAUUCUUCUCGCCAGCGAACACGAGCGCAUGGCCAGUCAGAAUUUAUGCGCCCUGACGGACAACAUCUCGUCUGAUAUCUGUAAGGAUAUAACACAGCGAAAAGACAUCGUCAAUACGGAGUUUCAGAAGAACUUGGAUAAAUUGGAGUCUGAUCGGGUCCGACUAUCGGAACUUUUAAAAAAAGUAAGUGAAACAACUUAA